AUGCCUAUUCGGCGUCGAACUACUACUACCGCGGCCGAAGCUGCGUCAAAAGAACGAGCUUAUGAUAUUCCCGGCCUCGAAUUCGGCGAGACUCUUUCAUGGCGCGCUGGCAAGGCGAUUCCUGUUGCAGAACUCCUGGCACGAUUACAAAAGCUCGCAGCGGAACUACGCCACUUUGACCUUGACCAGGUCGAUUCGCGCUCCUUUACGACACUUGCGCAUGACCUCGCAAAUGCGAAUCUUCUAGGACACAAGGAUAAGGGCGUGAGAGCGUGGACUGUAUCAUGUAUAGUGGAUGUUCUGAAGAUUUGCGCACCGGAUGCACCAUUCGUUGACAGUCAGCUCAAAGACAUCUUCACUGUUACCAUCAACUCCAUUCUUCCUGCUCUUGCUGAACCGACCAACGCCUACAAUGUCCAGCACAUGUACAUAUUGAGCUCCUUGGCCGAGUCGCAGAGUAUUUUACUGGUGACUGACAUUCCGAAUCACGAGAAUUUGAUCGUCUCCCUUUUCACUACAGCAUUUGAUAUUGUUUCUGGGUCAGGCAACAACACCUCCGGAGUGGAGGUCUCAAAGAGCGUGGAAUAUCAUUUGAAGAACCUCCUCGCUGCAGUUGUGGAUGAAGUAACCUUACCCCAAGAAGUCACCGAUAUCAUUAUAUCCCAAUUCAUGCGCGUGGAUGCUCGAAAUGUCCGGGAACAAAGUGCAAAAAGCAAGAAGCGGGAUGCGUUGGAUAACAAACAAGGGACUCUGCUCCUCAAGGACUAUCCUCCAGCCUAUAAUAUGGCCAAGUCACUCUGUACCACCUGUCCUGAGAAAAUGACCGCACAUAUCACGCAGUACUUCGGUACGGUCAUUGUGGAUGCAACUGCUACUACAUCUGCCAAUAGCUUCUCCAAACCAUCACAUAGAAGGAUUUCUGACCUGGAUGACUCGGACGACGACGAGCAAGAAGGAAUUGCAGAUUUGCGGAAAGCUCAUCGUCUCCUGAGGGAGCUAUGGCGGGCAUGUCCCGAUGUCCUUCUCAAUGUCAUCCCCCAAAUCGAAGCAGAAUUCUCUGCUGAUUCGCCAUCCCUUCGCCAGCUUGCCACCGAAACUAUAGGAGACAUCAUGGCUGGCAUCGGAAUCGCACGACUUCCUCCUUCAGCGCCCCUUGACCCCGCUGCCUACCCCCUGCCGUCGAUAGAGCAGUCAGAGGCCCCUCAGCAGACGACCAAUUCCUUAGUGACACCGGCUUCCCCCAAGCCGUUUGCUACAGUACAUGCUGCAGCGUAUCAGACUUUCUUGGGCCGCCGGAAUGAUAGAUCACCAGCUGUCCGUGAGGCAUGGGCCGUUGCGGCUUCUCGGAUACUUUUGACGGCGGCGGGAGGUAUUGGACUCAACGAUCAAGAGCUUCAGGAACUACUCUCCGGAUUCGCGCAAAUGCUCCGCGAUCCCGAGGAACAUGUCCGCUUAACUGCCGUCCACUCCAUCAAUAACUUCAGCUAUCUGGCUAUCAUCAAUACUCUCGGCGCAGACGGAGGGCUAGCCAAGCCCGGCACUGUUCUGUCCACGUUGAUGGAUCGUGUCACUGACCGAAAGCACAGCGUCAGAGAGGAAGCGAUUGAAUUACUGGCUCGAAUUUGGGGUGUUGCCUCCAGAGAUAUCGAAGAAGGCGUUGAGAUUGUGAAAGAGGUGGUGGGGGACAUUCCGAAUCGUUUAUUCCGUGCUUUUUAUACCAAUGACGCGCACGUUCAUGCUGCACUCGACAAGGCUCUUUAUGAAAGCUUGUUGCCGCUCGCAUUUCCACCCCUCAAAGUACAAAUUUCUCGGACAGACAGCCAGAAGCAGCGAGCGAAAGAUAAAGAUGAAAACUCACCAGAAGGCCCCGUUUCCGAUCCGGAUGCCAUCAGAGCCCGCCGGAUUUUGACUUUGGUGCAAAGUCUGGAUCCCAAAUCUCGUCCCGUAUUUUUCAAUCUUCAAAAUCGACAGGUUCAACUAAGCAAAGCCAUGACAAUUUUUUUACGGACAUGCGAAGAUUUCAAUGGUGGUGUUGUUGAUGACAGCGCCUCUGAAACAACGAUCAAAGACCGCCUCACCCGCUUCAUCGAUACCAUCUCUAAGCCUUUCCCAGACCCGACCGGUGUCGCGGCAGAGCUUUGGAAAUUCGCCAAACAGCACAAUCGUCGUUGGUAUCAACUGAUAAGGUUUGCCAUGGGCGCCGAGCACGAUUAUCGCACGGUAACCAAGGCCAUCAAAGAGCUCACCAAGCGAAUUCGUGAGGGUCCAGCUAAUUUGCAAUCCCUUCUGGAUACCAUCCUGUCUAUCCUGUAUCGUUGUGCAUUGAUUACCUACAAUCGUAGCCAUGUCCCAACUAUCAUGGAGAUAUCGAGAACCGACGAAGGCGGGUUGGGAGACGUUGCCCAUGAAGUCCUCAAAGAAAUAUCAGCUCGCAAUCCGGAGAUCCUCAAAUCCCACAUCCAAGCGUUGUGUUCGGAAAUCGAAGAAAGCGCACCUUCAGGUUUGAGGGGGGAAGAAGUCGGCGCGGCUGAGUCACUCAAAGCAUGUGCAGGGUUCACUCGAAAAUAUCCCUCUGAAGUGCCAAAGGACCGUAAAUUUCUCAACGCGUUGACUCAAUUUGCGCUGUUCUCGAGAUCUCCUCGGGCUGCAAAGCACGCUGUCUCGAUCGUGAUGAUGGCGGCCGAAAAGAAGGAGAUGUAUGCCAAAGAUGUACUAUCGAAGGCGCUGAAGCAUUGUCAACCGGACUCUCCGAAUUUCCUAGCUCGACUAUCAGCCAUUUCCCAGGUGUGUUUGCUCGCUCCUACUGUUGCUAGUAUGGAGGCAGGUGCCAUUCAACAGCUGGCGGUCGCAGACAUUCUGCAAAAGAAUCGCACGCCCGGUUCGAAGGCCGACCCAAAUGCCUGGAGCGACAUACCUGAUGACGAAACAAUAUCCAAAGAAUUGGCGUUGAAGAUCCUUGUCAACCGUUGUCGGUCGCAAGAUGAGAAACUCGAUGCCGCCGAUUUUGAGCAGUCGGCCAAAGAUGCUAUUGGCCAUCUCUCGUCUUUGAUCGAGAAUGAUGGUGAGAUAACUCCUUCGAAGGACACCCCUGCUGCACAGAAGAACCGCUUACGACUCACCGCUGUCCAUUUCGUCCUCAAGCUUUGCUGUCACAAGCGGAAGUGCGAGGACGCAAUCACUCCAUCCGUAUUUACAUCAAUUGCCAUGAUCAUGAUCAAUCCUCCAAAUCCAGUGCGGAGCGGCUUCGUCAACUACCUCAAGAAAUACCUCGGCCAAAAUCGCCUUGCUCAUCGAUGGUUCACCGCGUUAUUCCUCCUUGCUUAUGAACCCGACAUCGAGCUUCGAACGUCGACGAUAACCUGGAUCCGAGCUCGAGCACAGUUCUAUGCGAGGCAACAACUCCAAGCCAAAUCGGCAGACAAGAGAUUGCAUCAGAAUGUCCUGGAGUCAAUAUUUGCGCGCCUCCUUAGCCUGCUCGCGCACCACCCAGACUAUCCAAGUCCAGAGAGCCAUGACUUUGAUGGAGAGUUGCUGGAUUUCUCGAAAUAUGUUGUUUUCUACCUUUUCACGGUUGCUACAGACGACAACCUGUCGUUGAUUUUUCAUAUUGCCCAACGUGUCAAGGGCGCGAGGGACGGCAUUUCCAAUUCGGAUGAUGCUAGCAAGCGACUGUACGUUUUGAGUGAUCUCUCUCAAGCCGUCAUUCGAAACUAUGCGGACCUCAUGCCGGCACACGCGAAAGGUGUCAACCUUCUCCAGACUUGGCCUGGCCACGUAACUCUUCCCCGGUCUUUGUUCAAAGCCUUACCAAGUCACGAAGCCGCACAGGAAAUCGCCGAGAAAAAUUAUCUGCCCGAGGAUGUCGCCAGUGGACUUGAGAAAUUAGUCCGAACCUACGUGAGAUCCUUGAAGAAUGCUGGCCAGCCUGCCAAGAAGUCGACCGUGGGCGACAAGAAGAGAAAGAGUGACGCUGUUGGUCGAGAUGAUGACGGCGAUGGCGAGGAGAGGAAGAAAUCGAUCAAGAAACCCCGGAAGGCCUCUCUCGCAAUCAGAAAGACACCCAAGCCAAAGCGAAAAAGCUCCGAACCUUCAAGCCCGACAAUGCCAUCAAGAAAGAGUGCCCGUGUCUCAAACGCUGUGUCUUAUGCCGAGGCAGAUAGUGACGCGGAUGACGCUGAAAUGGAGGAGGUGGAUCGACUUGCAAGCACGCCGCCCUCUUAUCGGAAGAAGAAAGCCCAGGUCAAAGACGGAGAGGCACAACGAGAAGACGAGGACGAGACAGUCCAUGAUCCGGAUGAGGAAGUCGAGGGGAGAACCCAAGAGAAUGGCGGCGAAGAAGAAGAAGAAGAAGUUCAUGUGCAUGAAGACGAAGAUGCAGCUGAUGAGGGUGAAGAUAUAAAUAUGACAGAAGAAGAGAAGUCGUCACCACCGUUGCGGGAGAAGAGAAACGCUAGAGGCGAGAGUAAGGGACGGGAAAAAGGAAAAAAGGCGACUCCGACCAAGAAGACAACGCCAGAGAAGAAGCCAGAACAGUCAACACGAACUACGAGACGGACUCGUAGUACGAAGAGAUGA